CUCCUUUACAGACUUCCCGACGUCGACGUACGUGGCCGCUGGUUUCUCGGACAAGGACGAGCCGAGCGCACCAGAAAAUAUCGUUCGCCCAAGGGACACUGCCGACCGGGGGAAGAACUCGAGGAAAAUUUGCUGCAGUGCCAUGAUUUCAAUAGUGCUUUUAUCGUGCAUUGUUGCCGUUGUGUACUACUUGACCAAGAUAGACGAACGAUACGAAAACACCGAACCAUCUCUCGAAUUUCCGGUAGCAACGACACACAACGGUCAUCGUUAUACUGCUCCAGUCAAGACAUCGACACCACUGAAGCACAAGCCGAGGGUCCUCCAACACAAACGACUCCAGGGUAAAGAGGAAGACUCCCCUGUGACAUUGCUGGACUCCGACGACGACUCCUUCCCGUCGCAUACGUUGAAGGGUGGACGACACGAGCAGCACGCCACCAGAACCACCAAGCAGCACGCCACCAGAAGGACCCAUCGUACGUCACGCAGGUCUUCAAAGCCACCUAUCACAACCACCACCACCACCACCACGGCGCUGCGAAACUCCACCAUGAACUCGACGUUGGAAACGCAUGAAGAAGGCGGGAACCAAACGACGGAAGAGUCAAGUUCGGACGGUGCUUCCACAAGAAAGAAGACCUCAAAGAGUGCUGAACAGCCACGGAUAUUAGUGUGUGUCGCCAAUGGCAUCGCUAAAGCGGACCGCUACCCACCGCCGGGGCUCUGCAAUUACGUCAUCUACGCUCCAGUAGGCUACAAGAGGGGUCUCCUACGGCACAACGGAACUGGCUUCAACGUUUUCAAGGAGCAAGCUCGAAAUAGCAGGACUUCCAGGUGGGGGAUCGGCAUGGUACCAUCAGACGUCCUCGCAGCAGGAACUGGUGUAAUGGGCGACGACGCCCCGAAGUUUCGCGAGGAGGUACAACGCCUUAUUCGGGAGUUCCGUGUUGUGGGAUAUGGCCUCUUGGACGUUCACAUCACAGCCAUCGAUUACAUUGACACCAUGAAUGACUACUUGGAGUUCUACAAGUAUUUCAAGGCAACGCUACAGAAGAUGCAGGUUCCUCAAGAUGCAUCCACUUUCCUCCUCUUUGGAGUGCGUGUUCUCAACAUGAUCUACUCACACAGGGACACCUUUCGAGACAAGAUCCGACAAGUUGUCAAAUAUAUCGACAUCUUCAUCUACCAGACGCACGUAUCCAAGGUGACGAGGAACUGUCUUAGCGUAUUUCCUUCGAACAGAUACUAUCCUGGGGCUGAUGACCAAGACUCUCUCGACGAUGCGGUACGGACUCUGUCACCUCCUAUCUACGACCGAGACGGAUUUCACGUUGUCAUCUCGCUCACGUUAAGCCUUCUUCGCUUCAACAUGAAAGGAGCGGACCUGGAGCAGAUCCGAAAGCCGUGCAGCAACAUGACGUCUAUGCCCUUUACAGUGCCAAGUCAGAACUUCCGAUAUUGA